UCUCUCCGCGCAGCGCUGACCCCUCAGCAGCAGCAGCAGCGGCGGCGGCGUCCUCCAGCUUCAGCCUCGGUCCUCCUCUCAGCCCCAGACGCGCAGGUGCGAGCUGCGGGUGCGAACCCGCCUCUGCUGAUGGUCCAGAGGAACCACGGGACCCCACAGAUGUUGUUACUCUCCGACUGCUGCUGUUAAUUCUGAGUGAAUUCAAUCAAAAAAACUUUGGGGAUGUCUUCAUCGGUGAGCGGCGCGGAGGAGGUCCGGGUGUCGGCGCUGACGCCCCUCAAGUUGGUGGGACUCGCGUGCGUCUUCUUCGCGCUGUGUCUGGACGUGGGGGCCACGCUGAGCCCGGCGUGGGUCACGGCGGAGGACCAGUACCACCUGUCCCUGUGGGAGUCCUGCUGGAAGCCGGUCAGCUCCUUGGAAUGGUCCUGCAGCAGCACGCUGGGCACGGACUGGCAGAUUGCCACCCUGGCCUUGCUGCUGGGGGGAGCGGCCCUCACCCUGUUCUCCUUCCUCGUGGCCCUGAUCUCCCUGUGCUUCGGAUCCAGGAGUCGCUGCUACAAGACGAUCGCUGUCAUGCUCUUCUCUGCUGUGGUGCUGCAGGUGUGCAGCCUGGUCCUGUUCCCCAUCAAGUUCAUAGAAACGGUCAGUCUGAGGGUUUACCACGAGUUUAACUGGGGCUACGGUUUGGCCUGGGGAUCCACCAUCUUCUCCUUCGGAGGGGCCGUCCUCUACUGCCUCAACCCCAAGAACUACGAAGACUAUUACUAAGAAGAAAAAGAAGAAACUCUUUUUCAGUAUCUAUUAGAGAAGCAAAAAACAAAGAGCAGGCUCUCUAUGAAGCCCAACCCUGAAAAAGGAGAAUUUUUUUUUAAACGAAAUUCAAAAUUCUGCGUCUCCUUUAAAUAUAUCUCCCGCAGGUCUUAGAUUUGGGCAGUAAAUGAUGAGGGAACAGAUGGAGGCUGUGACCUCAUACCCACACCAACUGGUGGACCAAUGAGCGGAGAAAAGACUGAUGUAAUCGAAGAGCAAUGCAGAGAGGAACACGCUCCAUUGAAGCGAUAUCCUGAUCGGGACAACACAAGGAAGAGCAGGCAACAACGCACAUUUCCCCCUCAGAUCUGGACCCGCCCACUCGCAGGACGCCAGGGUGCUAAACGUUUUUCCUAUUUGAGGCUAAAACCAGAGCAAAAGUCAAGAGAACAUUCCACCAUCUCUUUCAAAAUAUAACUGAAAGGAGGAACACUCGUCAUACAAUAACCUCAUGAAAUGUGUGAAUGAUGCUGCUUCACGUAUGUGAAUAAUAAUAAUGUAUUCAUUCCGAGGAGAGCGGGAAGAGAAAGAGCUGGCAAAUGAUCAGGCCUACUGUGCGCACAUGCAUCCAUGAUCACUGCUCCCGGCAUGCGCUCCAUGUGAUGCCUCCUGAUCUUCCUGCUUGGUAGGAAAUGUUGAUAGAAUAGGGAGCAUUUAGAGCUGAGAAAAGCAACAUUCACUAAAGUUUCACAUCACACGGAUGUGGAAAACCCCGCCAUCACAGGCUCUGGCGUCAAAUCCUUUAUAAUAUUUAUACAUUUAUUCAAUGUGACCAUUGCUUGAAGGGAGCUAGUGAGUGAUGGUGUUAUUGGGUUAAAUAAUAAUAAAAGAUUAUGAUAAAAAAA